UGUUUGCGGUUAACCUACAAAAAUGCUUAAUAUUGUUAUUUUGUAAUUGAUACGCGAAAAAGUGUUAUAAUAUUGUUCAUAAUGGAUUAUAACUUUGAUCUUUUACGUAUUGAAUACAGAGAUGUUUUGGAAAAAUCGUUCAAAAUUAAGAAAAUAAACAAAAUAGAGGAUAAAGUAAAGAGUAUAAAUCGCACAGAUAUCGAUUUAAAAACGCCUUUAGACCAGGCUUUCAGAGAUUAUCUACUAAAAUUACUUGAAGAUGAAGUACAUGUCGAAAAACUAAAAGAAUAUGUACAGUUUUGUAUUGAUACUUGCAGAAGGGGUCUUACAGGCCCCACGUUGCCAGUUGUACUCCUAGGUGACAUAUUUGAAGCCCUAACACUCGAUAUGUGCAAGGAAAUGUUUGGUUUUGUAGAAAACAAUGUGCAGGUUUGGAAAGAAGACUUAUUUUUUACAUCGUGUAAAAAUCAUUUGCUGCGAUUGUGUAACGAUUUACUGCGCAGGCUGUCACGCUCAACUGCUACAGUUUUCUGCGGUAAAAUUUUACUCUUCUUGGCCAAAUUUUUUCCCUUCUCUGAAAGAUCUGGUUUGAAUAUAGUCAGCGAGUUUAACUUUGAGAAUAUCACUGAGUAUACAAGGGAUGCUGGUGAUGAUGAGUAUGUCAAAGAGAUUCCAGGAGAUCAGAAGAAUAUUGUUAUUGAUUUUACUUUUUACUGCAAAUUUUGGCAGCUGCAGGAUUUUUUCAGGAACCCUAACCAAUGUUACAGCAAGGUUGAAUGGAAGCAAUUUUGUGCUCAUUCAACAAGUAUUUUAAACACUUUUCAAGGUAUUAAAAUAGAUUACGUAAACACUGAAGAAAAUUCUAACAAAGGCUAUUUUGCCAAGUAUUUGACCAGUCAAAAGUUGUUAGAUUUACAGUUGUAUGAUGUUAACUUUAGAAGAUCGGUUUUACUGCAAUUUUUGGUGGUUUUUCAAUAUCUCACAUCAUCUGUUAAGUUUAAAUCCGACAGCUACGAGUUAAAAACCGAGCAAAAAGAAUGGAUAGCAACAAACAAGGAAAAAAUAUACAGCCUACUCAAAGACACGCCGCCAGAUGGCGACAAGUUCGCCGAAAUAGCCAAAAAAAUUCUCGGCCGCGAAGAAUUGUGGAACGCCUGGAAAAACGACGGUUGUCCGGAAAUCAAGAAAAAUUUUGACAUAUCGGAACCUAAGGAGAACGAAAAUAGGCGCCCUCUGCUGGGCGAUAUCCUGAAAGAAGCCAACAAAGAAGGCAGGUUUUACAUGGGCAGCGGUGAGUUGACCAAACUUUGGAAUCAUUGCCCGAACAAUCUUGAGGCUUGUAAAGGCAAAGAAAGAGACUUUUUACCGUCUCUGGAAGAUUAUUUCUCUGAAAUCAUCGAAUCAAUAGAGAAUAUAUCGAGCUUAAAAGAUGACGAUAACUUGUUAAAAGAUGGUAAUUUCGGUUGGAGAGCACUAAGACUGUUGGCCAGAAGAAGUCCGCAUUUUUUUACCUACAGUAACACUAUAAUGAAUCCGUUAUCGUCAUAUUUGGAAAUGAUGGUUAGAAAAAUAGCCUCUGAAAAACCCGGCUUACAAGAGCAAAAUGAAAAUAAUCAAAACGAUAACGAGUUGGAGGAAAAUUUGUUGACUGAAGAAGAACCCCAAUCCGAAAAUUUGCAGCAAGACAACACCGAAGACUUCGUCGACGAUAACAACCCUAGAUCUGACAACAAGGGCAUCACCGAAACCCAAAUGCAGCUGUUCUGCAUGAAGAUAGCCGCGGACUGGGAAAAGUUGGCCGUUAAGUUGGGUUACAAACCGGACGAAAUCGAGUUUUUCAAGAACGAAAACCCGACGGAAAUCGACCAGGCAAAAAAUAUGUUGCAAUUGUGGUUCGAAGAUGAUGAGGAUGCAACAAUGGAUAACUUUUUGUAUAUUUUGGAAGGUUUAAACAUGACUGAAGCAGCCGAGGUUGUAAGAAAUGAAAUAAGUAACACUAUGGAUACUAAUUAAGUAAUAAAAACUUUAUUAUUUACA